AUGAAUUACAAAGUAAUCUUACUUGGUGAUUCAACAGUUGGGAAAACAUGUAUUGCCAAUGUUGCAAAUCUCAAUAUUUUCCCAACAGAUGCUAAUCCUACCGUAGGAGCAAAUGUUUUGACACUGAGUUAUCAGUAUGGAUCAACAGAUAUCAAAUUAACUAUAUGGGAUACUGCAGGACAAGAAAAAUACAGAUGUCUUGCUCCAAUGUAUUACAGAAAUAUUAAUUGCGCAGUUAUCAUAUAUUCAAUACUUGACAGAAAAAGCUUCGAAUCAGUAGAUUAUUGGUUAGAUAGCCUUCAAAGAGAACUCGUAAGUAUGCCAAUAUUAUAUUUAGUCGGAAAUAAAACAGAUUUAGCCGAACAUCGCGAAGUCAGGGAAGAAGAAGCUCAAGAAUAUGCACUCAGAAAUAAUAUGACAUAUUUAGAAGUUUCUGCUCUUAAAGAUCAUGAAUCUGUCCAUGGAUUAUUUGAAAGAAUUUCCAAAUCCGCAAAAACUCUUUUUGAUGAAAGAAAUGCUAAAGUCACACCAAUAUUACUUGAAGAAAAGAAGCAAUCAAAAUGCAGUUGUUAA